AGGUACCCUUUUUUGCAGGGCAAUCGCAAGACAUUGGCCGAUGAAUAUGAAUACGUCAUGCAAGGGAAGCUUUUCAAAAUUUCAGAAGGUUCUAAACGUGAUCCUAAAGCGGAGGUAAAUGCUUCAUUUGGUGGCCUUUUGAUGAUGCUGAAGGGGGAAGCCUCUCAAUUCAAGAACUUUGAACUUGAUCAGAGGAUGUUUCUCCUCAUAAGGAAGCUAUGAGACUCUUGACAGUAUCCAACGUGGAAUGGUCUACAGCUCUCUCCUAAGAGGAACAUUUUUAGGCUUUUCUUAUGUAAACUUGUGCUGAACCUUGACGGUUCCGAUUAAGCCUGUGUUGAGUAGAGGGCUCCCUGACUAAACUUGAGGUUGCUACAUAAUUCUCAAGGGUAGUGUGUACGCAUGAAAUGCUAUCACAUUGACUUUAAAAUUUAUGUUGUCAAAAUUUAACUCCUGCUAAGAGCCCAUGAUCUUUGUGUGGCUCAUGAAUAGUAAUAACCAUUCUAGUGCACCCCAAA